AUGACACCAACAAAUGGCUAUCUUCGUAGAGAAACACCAGAGCCCGUUUACGGAAACACCCAGGUGGCGUGAGCUACCAGCUAUUUUCUCCGAGAGACUGUAGGCUUGGGUAGUUCACCCUCAAGCACUGCGGACAUCCUGAGUCGUGAUCUAAAGGGUGAAUUCGUCUGGUUGCUUUUGGAGCCGUGGAGCUGCUGCCAUGGCUUUUUACGAAUAUGUCACUAAAGAGCAACUUGCAGGUUUUGAUAAGUACAAGUACAGUGCCGUGGACACCAACCCACUGUCCGUUUACGUCAUGCACCCCUUCUGGAACUCUGUUGUCAAGAUCAUGCCAAGAUGGUUGGCCCCAAACCUCAUCACGUUUACAGGGUUCAUGUUCCUGGUGUUGAACUUCCUCAUUCUGUCCUAUUACGACUUUGACUUCUACGCAUCAGCACAGCUGCAUGUCCAUGUGCCCAGUUGGGUCUGGGUGACUGCAGGCCUCUUCAACUUUCUGGCCUACACGUUGGACGGCGUGGAUGGCAAACAGGCUCGGCGCACCAACUCCUCCACGCCUCUGGGGGAGCUGUUUGACCACGGGCUGGACAGCUGGGCGUGCGUGUUCUUCGUGGCCACGGUGUACUCCGUGUUUGGGCGCGGCGAGACGGGCGUGAGCGUGGUGACACUGAACUACCUGCUGUGGGUGGUGCUCUUCUCCUUCAUCCUGUCGCACUGGGAGAAGUACAACACCGGGGUGCUCUUCCUGCCCUGGGGAUACGACGUCUCGCAAGUGACCAUCUCUAUCGUGUACAUAAUCACAGCAGUAGUUGGCGUGGAGACAUGGUACGUGCCCUUCCUCUGGAACAUCCAGUACAGAGACCUCUUCACAGUCAUGAUUGCAGGUUGCGCCAUCACAGUGACCCUUCCCAUGAGCCUCCUCAACGUUUUGAGCAAGCUAAUCAAGCAGCUGCCAAAGCAAAUAAUGCACAUACGAUCUCAAUACACAGCUCUGCUGCCCUUCCUGUCUCCGCUGCUGCUCUUUAUCCUGUCCACCCUCUGGGUGGCGCUGUCCCCCAACGACAUCCUCCAACAGCAGCCACGCAUCUUCUUCCUCAUGGUGGGCACAGCCUUCGCCAAUGUCACGUGUAAGCUGAUAGUAUGCCAGAUGAGUAAUACCCGCUGUCAGCCGCUCAGCUGGUUGCUGGUACCCAUGGGAGGCCUGGUGCUGCUGGUGGUGUCUGGCGUGGUCACCCACAGCGAGCCCCUGCUGCUCUACCUGUGGACCGUCACAGUCAUCCUCGCACACGUGCACUACGGGGUGUGUGUGGUUCACCAACUGAGUGACCACUUCGACAUCUAUGCAUUCUCGCUAAAGAAGCCUAACUCGGACUGACAGGAGGAGGAGAAAAUCGGCCUAACGGCUGCGGAGGUCUAAGCUAUCCCAGCAUUCUCCUCUGCAGCUCGCCGACACGUCACCCAUCACCAUGGAGACACGCGUACCCCUGCCCUAACCAGAACUAAAAUGAAAAUUUAAAAACUAAAUGGUUAAAAAAAACAACAACAACUAAAGACUACGAAACCAACGUAACUAAACUCAGCCCCACACAGCCCAGGGAUGGAGCUGCACUACAGGACCCAUGUCUCACCAGGACUGCACUGCAACUACAGGAUCCACGGAUCCCCAGCACGGAGCUGCACCACAGGAAACCUUGUGUCCCCAGCACGGAGCUGCACCACAGGGCCUAUUCAUCACCAGGCCAGAGCUGCACCACAGGAAACCUUGUGUCCCCAGCACGGAGCUGCACCACAGGGCCUAUUCAUCACCAGGCCAGAGCUGCACCACUGGACCCACAGGUCCUCAGCACGGAGCUGCAUCAGGAGACCCUUCUCCUCCACAGCAAGGGCCUGUUCCUCCGUUGACGGCUCUCUGUGUGUAGACGGAGAUGCUCGGUACAGGUCAGCUCCAGGUCUGGUUUUGGUUCUGUUCGGUUCGGUCGGGUCCAGUACCUCCACGAUUCCUCUAGCCACCAGGCUCUGAAUUCAGUGAAGCCCCAGAGAUCUGCUUGUUUCCUAAGGAAAUGUGCUUCCAGCUGAGAUAGGAGGAGCCUUUGGUUAUACUGCUGCUGUUGCUGCUACUGCUGCUGCUGCUGCCACCACAAACCCCACUGUGUUAAUGGUGAAAUUACUUACUUACACAAACACUCUAACACACACACACUAGCUCCCAUGUUCAGAAGCUCAUUUGGGAGUUUUGUAUAUCUAACACACACACACACACACACUCUACAACAACAACUUGAAUGUUCAGUACAUUAAUGCCUUGUGGGGUGAGCUCUUUUUUGGGGCCUAUUUGUUUUUGUCUUCUAACCUCAUGUUUGACCCACUGAUGGCUCUGAUGUCAGUGUACAUACAGCGACUGAAUGCUCUGUAACACACACACACACACACACACACACACUCUUGAUCAGUCCAUUUGAUGUGGCCAGUGGGAUCCUUACUGAAUAUCUACUUCCCAGACUGGGAGUAUAUUAUUUUUGUACACGGGACACUGGGGGAACCCAGGGAGUCUACAUCUUGCAGCUUACAAGUGAACCAUAACCAAGCAGAGGUUUGAGAAUUGACACAAGUCCUCAUUUUCUUUCCCCGCAACUUGAAGACUGUCCUCUUCACCUGAACUAAUGCCAGUGGAACUGUCUCAAACUCGUCAACCAAUCAAGGACCAUAACCUAGAGGUUUCUCUCUCUCUCUCUCUCUCUCUCUCUCUCUCUCUCUCUCUCUCUCUCUGUGUGUUAAAACAUGGAACUAUGGGUAUUGGCCGUUGACCUGAUUACUGUACAUGGGAUUCUGGGCUUUUAUUAUUUUCUAUUUCAUUUAUUUGGCAAAGAUAUAUUUUCCUUUAUUAUAGGUGGUGAUGUGUCAGCAUGCCGAUUUUCAGUUUUCUCUUUCUUUCCCCCCUCCUUCCCUCCUGUCUUUCCUUUUCUCCUCCUCUCUGUUACUAGUGGGCUUUCAUUGAGUUUAUCUGCACUUAAAUGAAGAGUGCGCUUCAAACCCUGUCCAGGAGAGGGCGCAGUCUGAGCCAAGCAAGCCGUAGCAGGCUUGCACUGUUCUGUAAACAUGAUAAAGCCAAUGGUACCCCUUUGGGAGCGUCCCAAAUGACUCGGACGCCUCCUGUGAAGAGCAUUGCACUGAUGAUGUGUAAAUGUCUAAGUCAAGUGUGCGUUACGGGAUAAGCGAGAGCUGUUUGGGACCUCCACUUUUUUUUUUUUUUUUUUUUUUUAUAUCUUUUUUUUUGCUUCUUGCCUUUUUUCCUUUUGACCUUUUUCUUUUUGCUCCUGUUUUGUUAGGUAUAUAAAUUAUGUUUGUUUUCUAUAUGUGUGUGUGUGUGUGUGUGUGUGGCUGGUUAUGAAAGUGUGUGUUUGAGGUUGUGAAUGUGGAUAGAGUGAGCGAUGUCAGUGGACAUGUGAAAGCUUUCAUGCAGGGUUCAGAGAAAUCUGGGAUUCAGAACACACAUGUACACACACCUUACACAGUACAAAUGCCAGCACCCAUACACACACAUACAUUCACAGCCAUCAAUGGUUUCUUUUUUUAGCUCUUUUACAUAAACCCAUUUUCACUCAGGCACUUUUUCCACACACACUCACACACGCUCGUUACACACACACACACACACACACACACACACACACACACACAAACCAGAUUCCUCUGAACCUUUUUUCUUCAUUGGCACUUUACUCCUUGUUGCCAUAGCACCAUCCUCAGUUGUGUGUGUGUGUGUUGCAUAUAUAUACAUAUACUGUAUUAUAUAUUCUUGUUUUAUGUUUCAGUUCCUUCAGAUCCAAAUGACCUUACUUUCUGACUGACCUCUUUUUUUAAGGCGUUGUUUUGUGACCAAAACAAUAGUUCAUGUCCAUACUCAAACUCCUAGUAUUCUCUCAGGCAGUGAGUGCCCAGCCUAACACCCUUAGUGGAAUUUCAAGGGACUAAGCGUACAGUUUAAAAGUGUACAGACUAAAAUCGAGUUUCCAGUAAUUAAAUAUUUAUCUGUAACCAUUCAGAAGAGGUCACCAAGUAUUUAUUUGAUGGUCUUGCCAUAAUGCAACUAUUCUUGACACCACUAGUAAUUUGAUAUGUCCAGGAAGGCGCUGUAAUGUGUUCUGUGUGAUGUCUCUGAACGAAUAUUUCCAUAAUGCUGAUGUUAUGUUGAUGUGUAAUGGAGGAUUUUCGACAUUGUGUGUAGUGGAAAAGUGCAUUCCGCCUAGUGAGUUUUGACCCCUCUGCUCGCCACGGACAGGAGAGGAUGAGCACGUUCCCGCAGCGGGAAUUCCGCUUCCCAUCGAAAGGGGGCAGUAGUACACCGCGUAGCCUACAAUGACUGAGUUGUACGACGAUUAGAGAAAACUCGGGAGAUUGAUCAUGUUUAUGGUGUAGAACAUGGGGAGACUAAUUGAUUUAAAAAAAAGAAUUAUUAUUUUAAACAUUGUGUAUUUAUCUUUAAUGUAAAUUAGUAACUCUGUUUACCAUUAUGACUAGGGCGCUCAUUCUCUCUGCAAUGGUUAGUUGAGGGACGCCAUGGACAACGUCGAAAGAGACGUUUUCUCUGUGUGGGAGACUAUAACUGUACCAGGUGCAAAUUCUGAAUGUGAACGGUUAUAGCCUAGAGAUUGUUAUUUUGUUGUCAAUGGGGUAUGCUCGUUGUUUUUCAUUUUUAUUUUUGUUUAUUUUUAUCAGUGGUUCACGUCGAAACAGGUUGUUUUUCUUUAUUUGAAGAAUACUCUUGCAUACCGAUGUGAUGAUGCUUGUUAUAACUAACUGUAUGAUGGUAAAAAUGGCAACUGUGAAUCCGUACAAUCAUUUGUUAUUGUUUUUUAAUCUGCGUCUGCCUCAUGGGAGUGUAGCCGUCAGCCUCUUAACCACUGUCGCCCAAAUUAAUGUAGCUUCGUGUGUGGGAUACUGGAAUACACAUACCAGAAUCAUAACAAGGACUACAACAGUAUCAAGGGUUAUCGACCUACUGUAACAUUUGAAUAAAUAAAUGGACCUACGCUG